AUGAACUCAACAGAUUGUGUUAUCGAGGCCAACUCCGAUGUAUCAGGAGUCGGAAUUCGCAUAUCUAUUUACGCCCUCUGUCUAGGCGGCUCGAUAGUAAGCUAUCUCCUCCGCGUCUUCGCACCAGGCAAAGACCAAGAAGAAUUCUCCCGCGGUGUCUCCUCCGCACUGGGAAUGCAAGGCCUGGCAAUCCUCUGCACGGCAAUCUACCAAACCUUUCGGGGGGACCUAUCCCUCUUCCACGCGAUCUGCGUAAUCCAUCUCCUAGCCGUCCUAGGAAUGGACCUAAUCAGCAAAGGCCGCUACGCAGGCCUCGGUCCCUGGCGACUAUACUUCUUCGCCGCAAUACAGAUCCUGGCGCUAGGCGCGUUUCUCGCGUUCAAUGUCUAUGUCUGGACUACGGCGCCGCAUUUUGGCAGCCAGCCUGAAUGUAACAAGGAGACUGUCUAUGUUGUCUUUGGUAUUAGCAUCAAGGCUACCUCGCCUGUCUUCCGGUAUAUAAUUCUCGGGACACUGGGUGCCAUUGUGGCUAGUUAUGUUCUUGUUUUUACUUGUAUGUUACCUUGUCUGUGUGGAUUUAUUGCUCACCGGAGACGGAACCCUGGGAGCGGGAAUCGGAUUGAAGGUCAGACGAAGAGGGGCUUUAAUUGGUUUGUUGAGGUCAAUCGUCCUGAUUAUCGGGAUGGUAAUACUGAUGAGACGCCUGAGGCGUUGCAUGGACAAGCAUUGCUUCGGUUUACGCUUAAUAAAGCGGCUUACUGUGGUUUCUGUAUUUACUUGAUUGUUUCGUUGGAGCAGACUAUCCAGCGCAAUGAUCUUGACCCCGAGGAAAAGGGAUGGACGUUUGGUCAGGUUAUUGCCAUCUUCUUGUUGUUAGGUGUUGCUAAUGAGUUGCUUAAUGUUUUGUUGGCGAGUUGGGAUAGGAAGCAGCAGAGUGCAAGCACAAGUUCUCAGCAGCUGGUGCAAUAUGCACCGGGUACUGGGCAGUCUGUACAUUCCGCUUCGUCAUGA